GCUUAUCUCAUUAGAUUUUAAACCACCAAUGCACGUUAGUACAAAUGACCUUCCUCUGAUCAUGCAUAGAAUCUUUUGAUCAUGCGCACAGAAAGGAACUACGAACUGGCUUAUUUUUAUUGAUUCGCUGCGUAGGAAUGUUUGUGUUCAUAUUUCGCUGCUCUCUCACUGCAGAUCGUCCCCGUUACCAUUGUCGUCGUCAUUAUUUUUGUCAUCGAUAUCGUCUACGUUAUCAUGGAUGCCUCGUACAAAUUCAAGCUUAAGUUGGUGCUCGUAAUGGUUUUGUUUGGAUGUAUUCUUCCCGUGACAAUUCAAUACAUAUCAGAAGUCUAUGUACUUCCCUGGUGGCUUAAGCUAGUAGCGGUACUGCUCGUGGCAACAUUUGGAAGUAUCUCUUUGGCGUUUGUUCGUUUAUUGAUGCACAGAACAACGCCACAUCAAAGCCUCAAGAAACUUCUCCUGCACUUCAUUGUCUCCGUUGCGUCUUCUUAUAAAGCUCGAUCAAUGCUACCAAAGUUUCGAGAGACACUCGAACGUCCCGGUUACUACCAAGAACGUAUCCUACUUAAAAUUCUCAAGGACAAUAAAGACACGGUGUAUGGUGAGGACUUUGGUCUAGCCCGUUUGCAGGACAUCGGUGACUUCCGCAGCAAACAUCCUUUAACUAAAUACGAACACUACCGUCCCUAUGUGCAACGCAUGAUGGACGGGGAGGAAAAGGUCCUGACGGCAGCCAGACCAAAGUCUUUCACUCGAACAUCAGGUACGACAGGGCAACCGAAGUACUUCCCUAUUCUUGAUAGACAAAGUCUCUUGAAGGAUAUCGGAUCAAUGGUAACAGGUCUUCUCAAGGAGACAGUACCUGGUCUUGGUCCGUUACAGAAACGGUUGCAGUACUAUGUCCAUCCAGUAACAUCUCGCUCCAAGGCGGGUAUACCUAUAGAAACAGCUCUCACAUUUCCGGCUGACAAUGCUUUUCUUAUGUCUCUUUUCAACACCCCACCGUCUGGCUUCACCAUCACGACAAAGUAUGAGGCCAAUUAUAUCCACUUGUUGUUUGCACUCAAAGACAAAUAUAUAGGAAUAAUCGGCUGUAACUUCCUUUCGUUACUUGAGGUUCUUAUCCUUCAGUUGGAGAAUUGUUGGCAGGACAUCGUUGACGACAUCGAACGCGGAACCAUCCGAUCAUCUCUUAAUCUCGACUCUGGAGUACGUGACCAGAUCUCUCUUGAGCUGAAAGGAAAGGGGGACCCCAAUCGGGCGAAGGAGUUGAGAACAGAAUUCCGAAAGGGGUUCCAGGACAUUGUGCCGAGGGUGUGGCCGCAUGCCAAAAUCAUCAUGGGUGUUGACCCUCAGGAUGUCCGGUUCCGACUUGCAAGAAAGUAUACAGGCGAUAUCCCAACAUACUCUUACGUUAUCGGAGCUUCAGAGGGAUUCUUAGGUAUGAACAUGUGGCCUUUGGAUAAGAAACUUGGUUAUGUUCCAUCUUUUCUUCACAACUUCUACGAGUUCAUCCCUGUAUCAGAAAUAGACGAUGCAGAACCAACGACCCUCCUACCAGAAGAACUCCAGGUAGGCGAGUGUUAUGAGAUGGUCAUCACGCAAACAUCCGGGCUCUAUCGGUAUCGAAUGGGUGACGUCCUUAGAGUGACAAGAUUUGAACAGGCAACUCCAGUCUUCGAAUUCAGUCACAGGAAAGGACAGAUGCUGAACUUAUAUUACGAAAAGAUUGAUCAGAAGAUGUUCUAUGACUCUCUCAAAAUAGCAGUCAAUCAAUGGAGUGAUACGGAAUUGACUAAUUAUGCCGUGGCGGAGAGUUCGUUGCUCGAUACCUCCGAUCAGGGCAGUGCUUCACCAUACUAUAUUAUUUUCAUCGAGUUGGCAGGCAGCGGAACCGUUGAUGAGAAACAAAGGGGAAUGAUUGACACUGAGCUCCGGGACCGCUGCUGUGACUAUGAGAAGCUCCGAUCAGACAACACCAUCGCUCCACCAAGGAUCCACGUUCUAAGACCAGGAGCAUUCAAGGAGCUUCAGGACUACUCCGUCACCAAGGGUGGAGCUUCUGAGAUCCAGUACAAAGUUCCCAACAAACUUCUCAAGGUUGAACAGUAUGACGUUUUGAUGGGUCAGGUGGAUCGUCCAAUCACGUCCGAUGAAUCUGACUGUUAGCAACCGCACGUGAUCGAUAUAUGAAAUCAAGCCAUACUUGAUUUUCAACCAAAUCAUCAACAUAAAUUCGAUGAUUUUAUCAUUUUUACUAAGCUACGUUAAACAAAGUCAUUUUUCAUGUUUGUGUGACGGUCCCUGGUCAAAGUGGAGUGUACCAAAAUACUGAAAAAAAACGUAUGUUUUCCUGAGCAGUGUGAUGUGCUGUUACCCACAUUUUAAUUUGACAAUGCAGUUGAAAUAUUCCAUCACUAUUCUAACCCUAACUAUUACAUAGGCCCAUUUGAAUCAUACAGCCGAGGAGCUAGGAGUCUCUACCCCCACCCCCCCCCCCCACCACCAACUUCAGGAUCUCGGCCGUCGAACGCGCACUCAAGAAACACUAGAUUGGAAAGUUAGGUUGUUUUAAAAGACUGUUUCAUUUUAUUGAUCAUGUUAUUGUUUAUGCAUACUUAAUACUAUAUAUAUUAACUACACAUUUUGAAAAAAAAAUGUGCAAAUACGAUUUUUGUUUUCCACCUCAGACACUAAUUGUUUACUGUUGAAUGAAUAACAUAUCAAAAUGAAUUUAUCAUGUUUCUGUUGUUUUAAAAUAUAUAUAUAUGUAUAUUUAUCUCAUAUAUGUUUUGAUUUGAUAGAAAUGUUAGUAACACAACAUGAAAGAUAUUUCAAUCAGUGAAAGUAAAAACAAAAGUGAUGAGAGGGACCUACAUUUGAGGAUUUUGGGCUCGAAACAGAAUUGAAAUUAGAUUUGUGCAUGGACUUUGGGUUUUUAGCAAUUUGGUUCUAAAAUGCAUUUACCAUGUUCAAGAUAUGCUAUGCAAAGUUGGGAAAGAAAACAUGAAUGGUUGAAUACAUGUUUAUAUAUUGUAGAACCUACUUCUAUAAAAUUUGAUAUAUUAUUAUAUCGUAACCUUAACAUAGAUAGUAGUAAAAUAAAUCAUAGUUUCCGCUACUCUUCCUAACCACUAAAAUCACCAUAUUAUGCAACCACACUUUUCCAAGGAUAAAAUAAUUGGAACAUGCAAGCAUAUUCUCCUUUUUUAAUGAAGAAAAAUUUACGAGCGCAACUGUCUUUAUAACAUGAACAUGUUCAUAAUAUUUUUUCAUAGUAUUAACAUGUUGACAUACAUGUAGGCCUACACCAUUUUAUAAGUCUACAUGACAGUUUUCAGAAAUUUCAAAAGUUGACUUGGCAAGAUACGUCAUAUUGCACAUUUUAUGACAGUAGAUAGUUAUUUUGGUUAUUUUCCAGGGCUGUCACGCUUUUCUUUUGUGACGACUCUUGCAACCAUCCUAUUUAUUGUGUAACAGAAAAUACCGCUUAAAAUCGUUUAUGUAUGAAACAUUUGAUGAUUUAUUUACAAAAUUAUUAGUUCAUUAUCUUCAUGUCAAAUUCUAGAUAUGUAUUUUCUUGUCCAGAUAUUUUGUUAUGAAAAAUGUUGCAAAAAUCAAUAAAUGAAAUGAAAAUGAAA